GCCUCUUGUUUGUUCUCUUCUAAUGCUGUGUUAACAGUUAUCUCUCUCUCUCUCUUUCUCUCUCUCUCUCACUCUCUCUCUCUUUCUCUUUACAUCUUUCUCUCUCACUCUCUCUUCAUUCCACCCAUGAAAGGAUCUUUUUUUUUGCCCCUAAAAGAAGCACCGUUACCCCGACUGCUCAGAGGCCAGAACUCACGAAGGACUUCCCACGUCAACUUUAAAACCCCUCUCUCUCUCUCUCUCUCUCUCUCUCUCUCCCUCUCUCUCUCUCUCUCUCUGUCUCUCUCUCUCUGCUGGAGCCAGUUGGACGACCACGAUGAACCCCAGACCUUCCCCGGAGUCACCCGUUGUCACGACCAUCAUCUAUGGGGAGCUUGUGGAGCCCCUCGGUGCCGCGCCUCGACCAGAUCUCGUGGUUGGACUUCUCUGUUGACAGGGAUGAUGAUUGAGCAGCAGGGCGUUGAGAACGGCGGCUGCGGAAGCGGCUGCGGAAGCGGAGGAGGUGGUCGCCACGUGGAGGUUCUGACCACCGAGGAGCUGGAGUGUAAGAUCUGCUACUGCGCGUACAACUUAGGGGGUCGCAGGCCAAAGGUGCUGGAGUGCUGUCAUCGUCUGUGCGCCAAAUGCCUCGCCAAGAUCCUGGAUCUGGGUGAGUCGCCUCCAAACGCCGUGGUGUGCCCGUUCUGCCGCUAUGUGACCCGUCUCCCAGGUGAAGCCAUCAGCAGCUUGGCGGAUGAUUGCAAUCUGGUGGCGGCGUUGACCCUCCAAAGAAGGAACCAGAGGAACAUCCAGGAGACCACCACGGAGCUGCUCCUCAGCCCGCGGCGCCUGAGCUCGCUGAUGGUGAGCAACCCGGCUGUGACGCCCCCUUCCUUCUCCUCCUCUUCCUCCUCCGCCUCCUCCACCACCACCUACUCCUCCAUCAGGGGCUCCCCUAACUUUGUGGUCAUCACCAUCAUGGAGCCCCCUCCGGUGCCCACAACCUCAGAACAGAGACGUGGAUCGUACACAUCACGCCGUGGUUACCGCUCAUCCAGUCUGGAUUCCAUGGCGUCCGUCACACAGAGGUGGACAGUGUGGAACUGCGCAGCGCUUCUGUGCCAGACCUCGGCCCGGGUUCUGGUCUGGGUACUCGGGCUGCUGUACUUCAGCUCGCUGCCCAUGGGCGUCUACCUGCUCAUCAUGCAGAGGACGACGCUCGGGGUGCUGCUGGUCAGCCUGGUCCCCGCCAGCCUGGUCAUGAUCAUGGUCUACGGAUUCUGCCAGUGCGUCUGUCGUGAGCUGUGGGACUGCAUGCCGCCAUAAUGGGACCAGAUGAAUGGGUCUGCUUUGAACUGGUCAGACAAUGGACCUCCAGAGUUCACUAAUGAGGAUGUUACCGUGUAACGCUGACUUCAAACGGAGACGAGGAAACGCUCCUUUUCUUUAUUAAAGGAAAGAUGGAGCUCACAGUUUGGGGCUUUUUGCUUGUUAUAAAUGUUCAUUUGUGCUUCGAGUAGCAAACUUAUAAACCAAACAGAGGUAGAAGAUUCAGAUUUAGAUCAAACUUUUGUUUAAUCUACUCGUUACGUUUGAGAAAACUGAAGAUCCUUUAAAGACUCUUAAACCAGAGACAUGAUGAUCUCUUAUAAAUCCUUGUGACACUGAACGAAGUAUCACCCUCUAAAAUCUGCUGGUAAUUGAUGAAAUGAUGUAAACGUCCAUAAAAGGUAAAAUUUCCACAAAUUACAUGCGUUUAAAAAAUUUAAGAACCCGAUGUUAAAGUCAAUCAUUUUAUGUCAUUUAAAUUCUAUAUGCUACAAUGCAAUAAAACAGUUUGUAUUGAGCCAUUUCCUGACUUUCUCUUCUAUUUUCAACACUCUGAGGUUUUGGUUUCCAUCGAUGCAGGUGAUUUAAUUCCUCGCAGAAAAACGCGACAUGGUGCACUUCGUGAAAAUAUUCCUUGUACCACGUUGCAGAGUACGUCAUCCAGCACGUCACUCUCCAACAUCUGGAUCUUUGGAUGGAUUUUAGUUUUUGUUUUUGCAGCAAACGGGUCUUUGUCAGAGUUUGUGUGCAGAAUAACCUCAAAUUAGCAACGACGAAACAGAUGUGUAAACGUGUAGAGAAAGUCCUGCUAAUAUCACAUCGUAAACAAUCAUUUCAGGCAUACAGGUUUAUAUUUCUUUAUAUUUUGUUACUGGGACACGUACAGAUAAUUUCCCUUUUUCUAAAUUUUUUUUUUUUUUCAGAAAAAUUGUCAUCUCAUUUUUCAAAAUUUGAACUUAACCUAAAUUCAGAUUUUUUUUUGUAAAUAAGACUUUAUUUUGAAAAUUUUGAAAUAAUUUGAAUUUGGAUUUUUUUCUCUAAAAUAGUGAUUUUUUUUCAAAUAAUUAGUAACCUAAUUUUUCAAAAUUUGAACUUUACCUUAAUUCAGAAUUUCUUUUUCUUUUUUGUACAUUAGACUUUAUUUUUAAAAUUUUGAAAUAAUUUGAAUUUGGAUUUUUUUCUCUAAAAUAAUGUUUUUUAGAAAAAGUGAACCCCAUUUUUUAAAAUUUGUACAUUACCUUAAAUCAGAUUUUUUUUGUAAAUUAGACUUUAUUCAUAAAAUUAUGAAAUAAUUUGAAUUUGGAUUUUUUAAAAUCAUAAUCUUGUUUUCUUUUUUUCAUUUCAGUGUUAAGUUUCUGAUGAAAAUUCUGAUGAAAUUUCAGAAUUUCUGUAAAAAAAUUUAAAGAAUCUGGGAAAAAGAUUAAGUUCCAAGAAAAAGGUCCCAAAUGAACUGGAUUUCUUAUAUAUAUAAUAUUUCUUAAGGGCCCACAUUUUUUGGUCUACAGCUACUUCAGUUUUUUCCAAGUUGGAUUUCACCGUCCAGAUUUCUUGUGGUCAGAACAAAAGUGUAAAAAAAGUAAACUGUGAUUUUCACUGUAGAUAAAGUCGACCUCGUUACAGCUCCAUAAAUACGAGGUUAAUGAGGAGACAGCCGUUUGGAGGCAGAACACAAACUCCCGCUCCACGUCACUCAGCAUCCAGACAAAAACCUUCAUCAUUUAUCAUUUUUAAUAUAAAUCUUUUCACCCUCACACAAAUUGCACUUUUUUUUUUCUCCAAAUGGACACACAGUCAGCAGUGGACAACUUACUGGUUGACAUCUUCCUUAUACACCGUGAACUGGCUAUAAAAGAAGGAGAAACGAAAAGAAUCAAAUAAGAGACAUCUAACUUGAUCUUACCACCACUUUACUAUGGCAUGCAUAGGUUUCAGACCUUACUCAGAAAGAGACAACAGACACUUUGUCUAAGAAGUUUUCUAAACGAUGCCGUGACUGCUUGCGAUCCAAAUUAAGAAAAAAAAAAAAACAAACAAACAAAAAAACAAACCAAGGUACAGAAAAGCUCGGUUCCACCGCGAGGAGAAGACUCAACUCCGGACCCCUGGGAGAAACUGCGGGAGGAGGUGGAUCAGGCUUCACACGCACACAGCGGCGAUGCUCUUUAUCAGAGUAUUUGGUUCUUUUUCCUGUUAGUGCUGUCAACAAUACUCUCUGUGAUUCAACUCAAGUUUGAGCGUUUUCAUAAAAACACACAAGGUCAGACGAGGGUUUGUAACAAAACAGUAACGCGGCGGGCAGAGGGCGCUCGCCUCUGAGGGAUGAUGGGUAGUUCGAGGGGGGCUGUGGAUACCUGAAUGCUAUUUAAACAGCAGCUUCGAGAACAAUAACCAGACAGCAAUGUGCUUCCAGGGAGCAGCACGCAUUCAGGGUCGGGGGGCGAAAUCUGAGCGAGUUUGGGUCGGCGAUGAGGAUCUUCGGGGAAACUCGAAAAACAAGCAACAGAAACAAAUCCUCUUUGAAAACUUCGAUCAAACGACUGUUUUCCUUCAGAGUUUAAAGCAGGAUUCAGGAUGUUGCUUGUUUUUGUUUGUUGUUUUUUUUUGUGCCGCUAAAUUAAAACAAAAAGAGCGAGGCUGCCGUUACUUAAUCGAGGCCCGGGCUGCCUGGUUGGACCUUCCUAUCCUACAGCGAGGAGGAGGAGGAGGGACAAAGGGACAUUUUUGGCUCCUGAGUUCUUUGUGUGUUAAGGAUUAGCAUAGACAUCGAUAAGAAAAUAAAGGUUAACAACACUUGCAUCAAACCUGCUGUGCAGCUGGGAUCUUUUUUUUUUCAGGUGGGGGGUAACAAGUAAAACAGAGUCAGAGGUCAUUGCAGGGUUCCUACGCAGGAUUCAGACUUAGUCCAGAAAUGUGUCAAAGAGUCUUUCCUAAUUUCACAAACAGGAGAGAGAUUUGAAGUUGAGAAACUUUUAAGACUUAAAGCCUCGGUCAGGAGAUUUUAGCUGGUAAAAAUUCACAAAAAAAAAAAACCAAAAAAAACAAAAAAAAAAGGGUUUAAAGAGACGGUACGAGGCUCAGCUUCAGGAUUUAAGUUGUCCUGGUAUCUUCACCUGAUUUAUAGCUUAAACAUAUUUUCAUGACGUCUUUACAAACCCUGAUCUAGCUGCUCCCUUUAAAGGGACAUUCCGGAGUAAAAUUAAUUUAGGGUCAAACACAUCAUAACACCGAGUUCUAAAUGUUCUUCCUUGAGCUGCGAAACCCCACUGUAGUCCAUAAUGGACUGGCCCGAAGUUGGUAUAACUAGAGAAGCAAGUGGUCGGCAACAUUCAUCUCUCCAUGGGGUGUCUAACUCGGGGUUACGGUGUGUUUGACCCUAAAUUAAUUUUACGCUGGAAUAUUCCUUUAAAAAGGGCCCCCUCAGCACUCUGGGACCUCACACUUCAGAAGCCUCCUCCGCUGUUGCCAUGCAACAUCAUCAAGUGUCUCCGUUUAAAAUGACAAAUCAUUAAAUUCGGCCAAAAUCUGACACAGAAAAGUUUGAACAGAGGAGGAAGUGCUGCGUUUAUCACGCCCUUAUAAGGAAAUUCGCCAAUUAGUGAUGUCACAAUGUGGGCAGCAAGUCAGAAGUCUGAGCUGAAAAUGACGUCACACCCGAGUUACCAGCUUUUCAGUUACAGAGUCGAAAAAAAUCUAAAUCGGAAGCGAGUUAUUUUACAAAAGUUAUUUUAACGCUUGUCUUAUCCGAAUAUGAGGCAAGCACUAAAAUAAUUUUCGUAGAUGUAGCCAUCUUGUUUCAGGCCUCCGAUUUCGCUUUCUUCCCGAAAGUUUUUCCGAUGUCAUUUUCAGUUCCGACAUCUGACUUCCAAGGUAACCCGAACACUCAUUAUUUGUCAAAUUAAAAAAGCCGAAUAUCACCACACGCACAGGAUGUGUUUGGUAAAGAGAUUGAUAGGUUUCACUUUGUCCACAGGGGGGCGCCAAAACUGAAACAACUCACAAGUUCCUAACACGAGCUUUAAGAGCAGGUCCAGAGUUUUAGACCUGUAGCAGGUCAAAUAAAUCAGCCUGCGCAGGAACCCUGAAGUCAAGGAAGCAGGAAACAUAAAAACUUGUACAGACCGGAAACAACCAGCACGCUUCAGGAGUCACUGGAGUCGGUACAAAGCAUUAAAGGAUUGUUGUUUUUUUUUCAAUGAUUUCCUUUCAUUUGAUAACUAAAUAUCUCACUCUAUUGAUAUAAUUCCAUUUUGUUAAAUUCAUAUAUAAACGUUAACAUGUACACACGCUCGUCACUGGGAAUCGGUGGAAUCGGGACCUUUAUUAUAAUAAGUUGUUGGAACUCUCGCUGGCGCUCAACAAAUAUACUGUGAAUGCAAGUAACAAUAAUAUAAUGAUAAUUAGAAUAAUAAUAAUAAUAAUAAUAAUAAUAAUCAUCAUCGUCAUCUUCGUCGUCCGCACCAUGCCUUGUAAACCCGGAAAAACUAAAAACAAAACAAGAGCCAGGUGACCUCCCCUCCCCCGCCCCGCCCUGCCCCGCCCCCCCCCCACUCUGCCCAGUGAAAACAAACAAAAACAAACAAAAAAGAUUAAAAACAGGGAACUUGGAGUCCAGACUCUGGAUUCUCUCCGGCUUCUUCGAAGUCCCGAGUCCACAUGCGUCACACAAAUCCUCGCCAAAGUCCUGAAGUGAGUGGAGGGCGGGGUCAGAGGAGGAGGGGAGUCGGUGCGGGGGGAGGGGACGGGGAGGGGAGUAGCUGUUUGUAACGGAGCACUCGGCGAACUUCGGCGGACUUCCGAUCCUGUUUUCAGCAUCAGCCCACCUCAGUGUUUGUGUGUGUGUGUGUGUGUGUGUGUGUCAUGUGUGUGCGUUAGCCUGGCGAUCCAGGUCUACAGGGACCACGUUAAACGGUGGUCGGCCAUGACGGUCACUCGUCUGUUUUCUGUGACGUUUGUUUUUUUUUUUUCAUGGUUCCAGUUUAAUUCUUCCAGGGUUUCAUUUUGAAUCAGUCUGCAGUCCCUGGAUUUAGGGAGGCUGGGUGUCCGCCUGCGUGAGUUCGGCUCUCCGAGUGUUUCCACGUCAGCUGCUCUCGGCCGGCGUCUCCCGCUGUCAGUCAGAGCGAUGCAGCGCAGCCUCGGUCAGCUGGAGGCGGGGUUUAAGAGGCCAGACCAAGGUGGAGGCGAAUUUUUAUACUAAAGAUGGAGAGGGAGGUGGUGGGCCAAUGUGUGUGUGUGUGUGUGUUUAAAUGUGUGUGUGUGUUUGUGUUGUCGAUCCAAAGAUCUGCCCAAAAACAGCUCCUGAUCCCCAGUUGGUGCCGAUCAACAAAGCGGAAAGAGAAGCGAGUGAGGUGGUUAACUUCCUACGAGUCGUAAUCGUGCGGAGGAGCGACUCCUCGGCUAAAGAACUACACUGAUGGAGGAGGCCUGGGAGCCAUUUCUGGACAAGUCCUUAGUGUGUGUGUGUGUGUGUGUGUGUGUGUGUGUGUGUGUGUGUGUGUGUGUGUGUGCGCGAACGCAGGGCUAGUGCAGGUAAUCGUCCACAGAGGCGAAGGCGCAGGAGCCGCUGCCAGUCCGUG